AUGAUCGGUGACAUGACUGGCGAAGAGGUUCGAGAGAGGGACCGUAUGAGACUUGCCGAACUGAAGGAUAGUGGAUAUCCUGUGGAGGUCGUUUGGGAGUGUGAUGUGGACACGGAGCUCCGAAACAACCCGGAAAUGGCGGAUUUUUUUGCCAAUCAUAAAGUUUCCGGGAUCCUUCGAAUGGAGAGAGCCUUGGUUGGUGGUCGGACAGAGGUUUUUAGACUGAUUGUCGAUGAUAAGAGAAAAAUUAUGAACUUCAACGACGUCAUCAGUCUAUACCCAUCCGUGAUGAAGUAUUGUCGAUUCCCCGUCGGACCACCAAGAGAUGUUCCAGCAACAGAUAUCAAAGUCCCAAUGACUGCACCUAAGGAUCUGACAUUCUCCGGAUUCAUGUUGUGCAGGGUUUUGGCGCCUGAUCAUCUUCGACUUCCACUUAUUGACGACAAAUCCUGUGGAAAGUUGGUUUUUGGACUCUGCAAAAUCUGUAUGAGAGAGGAGAACCAAGAAGAUUGUCAACACACUGACGAUGAAAGGUCAUUCACGGGUGUGUACACAACCGUUGAACUCCAUAAAGCUCUGGGUUUGGGUUACAAAAUUUUGGAAGUUUUCCAUGCCAUCGAACACAAAUAUUGGGUGGGAAACGACCUCCAGGGAAAAGGAGGACUCUUCACCUCUUAUAGAUGA